GGCGGCGGCCGGCCGGGCGCGCACUCUCGGGAUGGAGGGCGAGCGCCCGGCAUCUCAGGCGCUCUCCUCGGGCCUCCCGGCUGGGGGCGCCGACGGGGACAGCCCGGGGGACGGCGCCCCCCUCCCGGGCAGCAGCGGCUCCUCGACCCUGCUGCAGGCCGAGGUGCUGGAUCUGGACGAGGACGAGGACGACCUGGAGGUGUUCAGUAAGGAUGCCUCAUUGAUGGACAUGAAUUCCUUCAGCCCUAUGAUGCCAACAUCCCCUUUAUCAAUGAUAAACCAGGUCAAGUUUGAAGAUGAGCCAGAUUUGAAAGAUCUCUUCAUUACAGUUGAUGAACCUGAAAGCCAUGUUACUACAGUUGAAACUUUCAUUACAUAUAGAAUUGUUACUAAGACAUCUCGUGGGGAAUUUGACUCCAGUGAGUUUGAAGUUAGGAGACGUUAUCAAGAUUUCCUUUGGUUGAAAGGAAAACUUGAAGAAGCACACCCCACUCUGAUUAUUCCACCAUUGCCAGAAAAGUUUAUAGUGAAAGGAAUGGUUGAACGCUUUAAUGACGACUUCAUCGAGACACGCAGAAAGGCACUGCAAAAAUUUUUGAACCGAAUUGCUGAUCAUCCAACUUUAACAUUUAAUGAAGACUUCAAAGUUUUUCUUACUGCACAAACUUGGGAACUCUCCUCUCACAAGAAGCAAGGGCCUGGAUUACUCAGCAGGAUGGGGCAGACAGUCAGAGCUGUUGCAUUGUCAAUGAGAGGAGUUAAAAGCCGCCCAGAGGAGUUCAUGGAAAUGAAUAACUUUAUUGAAAUGUUUAGCCAGAAAAUAAAUUUGAUAGAUAAAAUAUCUCAGAGAAUUUACAAGGAAGAAAGGGAAUAUUUUGAGGAAAUGAAAGAAUAUGGCCCAGUUCAUAUUCUGUGGUCGGCGACAGAAGAAGAUCUGGUUGAUACUCUAAAAGGUGUUGCCAGCUGCAUUGACAGAUGCUGUAAGGCCACUGAAAAACGGAUGUCUGGACUCUCAGAGGCUCUGCUUCCUGUCGUACAUGAGUAUGUGCUUUACAGUGAAAUGUUAAUGGGUGUUAUGAAAAGAAGAGACCAAAUACAAGCAGAACUGGAUUCCAAAGUUGAAGCUUUGACCUCUAAAAAGGCAGAUACUGAUCUGCUUACAGAAGAAAUUGGAAAACUUGAAGAUAAAGUAGAAUGCGCUAAUAAUGCCCUGAAAGCAGAUUGGGAAAGAUGGAAACAAAAUAUGGAAAAUGAUAUCAAGUCAGCAUUUACAGAUAUGGCUGAGGAGAAUAUCCACUAUUAUGAACAGAAACUGAACCCCUUGUCCACUUCCGGCUGGAUUGAGACCACCAACCCAUCACCUGGGCCCUUUUGAUGGCAAGAGGUUGGAACUCCACCCUCAGGGCAUGCUAAUGCCGCCAUUCUGUGAACGUGUGUCCUACCAAGACAUGAAGCCUGACUACGCUUGCGCAGAUCGUCAGUUACCUCAUCUCUCCUCACCUCCAAUCAUUUCAGACCACCUUGCCUCCUUCCCCAUAAAUACCCCUGAGUCCCUAUUUUUGGGGAGGUGGAUUUGAGACUUAUUCUCCCAUUUUCCUCACUUGGUUGCCUUGUGAUUAAACCCUCUCUCUCUGCAAUCUCGUCGUCUCAGUGAUUGGGCUUUCUGGGUAGUGGGCAAAAACGGACCUGGUGCAGUAACAGUCUGAUUUUUUUUUCUCCUUACUUUUACCUUAUACCCAGACUACCUUGAAGAUAAUUUUAUAUUGCUUCAGAAUCCUUUAGGAGUCCACUUGUGCUGUUGACUGUCUAUUUUAUGAUCAAUUUCUUUAUCUUCUCUUUGCUUUAAACAGGUUUAUAAGUUCUUUUAUUUUUAUUUGUUUAUUUAUUUAUUUUGUGAAGAAGAUCAGCCCAGUGCUAACAACUGCCAAUCCUCCUCUUUUUUUGCUGAGGAAGACUGGCCCUGGGCUAACAUCCGUGCCCAUCUUCCUCUACUUUAUAUGGGACGCCGCCACAGUAUGGCUUGCCAAGCCGUGCUUCGAUGCACGCCCGGGAUCCAAACCGGCGAACCUGGGCCGCCGCAGUGGAGCAUGCACGCUUAACCGCUUGCGCCACCAGGCCGGCCCCUCUUAUAUUUUUUUUAAAGCUUACAGUUGAAUCUAUGCCUUGAUCAAGCCCUAUUAUUGAUAUCUUUUUUUAUUGCCCUUUGGCCCAGUUUCCCAUCUGUCGUUUCCUGAUAUUGUUUCAAAAUUCUUAUCGUUCCACUUGACAAAACAACAAAUCAAACUACUUUAGAAAAAAGUGAAUUGAUAGGCUUAUGUGGGAGAUCAAAAUCUGGCCAUCUUGAAAUAUAUCUCUUUACCUUGAUUAUUUUCUCUGCUGGACAUUUGACCUCCCUCCUAAUUGCCUAAAGGAAUUUAACUCAGGGUAUGGACAGACUGGCAGGGUCCUCGCUAAGCCCAUUCUUUUCAAAGUUCUGUUUAUCAAAUAUUUACGUUUGUAAAGGUAUCUCCCUCUGUGUAGUGAGAAGAGAGGGGGAUGAUGUUAUCUGUGGAAAUUCUUAUCAGUACAGAAAGAGAGGACUUAAAUCUACAUACUCUUGAUUACUGUGAUUUCUCUCUCUCCAGCCGCAUACUCUAUAGGUGGCCCUGCAAAGAAUUGUCUGACAAACAUUUACAUUUCCCUCUCUGUGUAAAUUGUCUUCUUCCCCUCUGAAAUCCCAAACUCCCACCCCCAACAUCCUCGUUUGUCUUUAUCUGAAGAUAGUAUUUAAGACCAGAAUCUCUGCCAUUGUGUUGAGAAACUCAGUGUCCCUGGUUUCUCCCAUGUGUACAUGUUAUUAAACUUGGUAUUAUUUUCUCCUGCUAACCUGUCUUUUAAUUAUUUGGCAAGCCAUAAGAACCUUAAGGGAAAGGGUGGAGGGG